UAAGCACACUUAAACAGCGAUUACCUACACAUUCGCAAGCGCCUGCGAAUGCAUCGAUGACCGAAUCCGGAAUAUCGACAUCAAAUGUUUGUUUUACGCUGUCAUUUGACAUUACGUUACUUAGAGGAGAAAUGUAUAAAAGAUUACGAUGCCACAGCUAGAGCAUCAGUUGCCCAUCAGCCACGAACUAAUCAAAAUGAAAUCGAUCAUCCUUGUUGCCCUCGCCCUCGUGGCCGUCGCCGCUGCCAGCCCCGUUGAUAACCCACCCGCAGCCAUCGUCCGGUCUGAAUUCAACCAGAACCCUCAGGGCUCCUACAACUUCGGUUUCGAGACGUCCGAUGGAACAAAUCGCGAGGAGACUGGCGUUGUGAAGGAAGCCUUUGACGAGGACAACAAGCCCCAUAACGUUGUCGUAGUUCGCGGCUCUUACAGGUACAUCAACCCUGAGGGCCAAGAGGAAGUUAUCAGGUACAUCGCUGACGAGGAAGGCUUCCACCCUGAGGGACCUUCCAUCCCCGUUGCCCCCGUCGCCAGGAGAUAAGCACUUAGUCGCCUCUCAUCAAAAGCAGAUCGUUAAUUAAAUUCGUCGUACUUCUUGAAUUGUGACUCUGAUAAUGUUUAAGAUAUAACGGUUACUAGGACUUAAGAGCUUGUGACAAAACAUAAUUUUGUUCUGUUUUCCGAAUUAAGUUUUAGCAAUUUGAUUUAAUGUAAAUAAAGGAAAAUUUAUUACACAAA